AUGGUAUUAGAUUAUGAUAGUGAUCUUCCAAAAAUAAUUAUCAUUUCUGAAAGUGAUAGUGAUGAUGAGUUGCCAGAAGUUAAAACACUUCUUUCGAAUAUUUUUAAGAAACAAAAACUACCAGAUAAAAAGGCCGAAAAGAAACCUGUUACUGAAAAUGAUGAAUUUAUAUUCAUAACAAAUGAUAAAAA